GCUUCCCCGCUCGCACGCCGGCUGUGUAAGUGGCGAGAAGUGGUGUGGGGUGUUGUGGGGAGGACACACGGGAUGGAGAAAACGCAAGGAGGUUUCGUGGACUCGACCCCCGAUCCAGUGCGCAGUUUUGAGCGCUGGAAGAAGAAGUACACCAAGCGCAAGAACAAGCUGCGGCUGCAGCGCAAGCAGAAGAAGCGACCCGAGUGGGAGGUGGAGAGGGAGGGCAUCGCCAGCUUGGAGAGGCGCUACGCGGAGAUAAAUGCAAGCGAAAUUGUCAGAUUUUCAGAUUUCCCAUUAUCCAAGAAAACACUGAAAGGCUUACAGGAAGCUCAGUAUCGCAUGGUCACUGAAAUCCAGAGGCAAACUAUAGGCUUGGCAUUACAAGGAAAAGAUGUGCUGGGAGCUGCAAAGACAGGAUCAGGCAAAACCUUGGCUUUUCUUGUACCUGCUCUGGAAAUCUUAUACCGCCAGCAGUGGACUUCCAUGGAUGGACUGGGGGUACUUAUAAUAUCACCUACCCGAGAGCUGGCAUACCAGACCUUUGAGGUUCUGCGUAAGGUGGGAAAGAAUCACGACUUCUCAGCUGGUCUUAUCAUCGGUGGAAAGGAUUUGAAGCAAGAAUCAAACAGAAUCCACAACAUAAAUAUGCUCAUAUGUACUCCUGGUCGACUUUUACAGCACAUGGAUGAAACAUCAUAUUUCCAUGCCUCUAAUCUACAAAUGCUGAUACUUGAUGAAGCUGACAGAAUUUUGGACAUGGGCUUUGCUGAUACAGUGAAUGCAAUUGUAGAAAACCUUCCCAAGAAACGCCAGACGCUGCUUUUCUCAGCUACACAAACCAAAUCUGUGAAGGACCUUGCCCGGCUGAGCUUGAAAGAUCCAGAAUAUGUUUGGGUGCAUGAAAAAGCAAAGUUCAGUACUCCAGCAACUUUGGAACAGAACUACAUUGUUUGUGAACUGCAUCAAAAAGUCAAUAUGUUGUACUCCUUUUUGAGAAGUCACCUGAAUAAGAAGAGUAUUGUAUUUUUUGCAAGCUGUAAAGAGGUUCAGUAUUUGUUCAGAGUGUUCUGCCGACUUCGACCUGGGCUCCCCAUGCUGGCUCUUCAUGGCAAACAACAGCAGAUGAAAAGAAUGGAGGUCUACAACGAUUUCGUGCGCAAGAAAUCGGCAGUUCUCUUUGCUACAGAUCUUGCUGCUCGGGGACUGGAUUUUCCUGCAGUAAACUGGGUCAUUCAGUUUGACUGUCCAGAGGAUGCAAAUACGUACAUUCACAGAGUCGGGAGAACAGCCAGGUACAAAGAAGGCGGUGAAGCUCUCCUUGUACUGCUUCCUUCUGAGGAAAAAGGCAUGAUCCAACAGCUGUUGCAGAAGAAAGUUCCUAUUAAUGGCAUCAAAAUCAACCCUGAGAAGCUUGUAGACAUUCAGAAGAAGUUGCAGUCCUUCUUGGCUCAAGAUCAAGAUUUGAAAGAGCGAGCACAACGGUGUUUUGUUUCCUAUCUGCGAUCUGUCUACCUAAUGAAGAACAAAGAAGUAUUUGAUGUAUUUAAAUUACCCAUUGCAGAAUAUGCCCUAUCCCUUGGGCUUGCAGUGGCCCCACGUGUAAGGUUCCUUCAGAAAAUGCAGAAGAAAAUAUUUGAGAAUGACCCUGAAAAAGGAAACCCUUUAAAAGGGGCAGAGCAGCCAGAAGAUGCAUAUUUUCAUGUAAGCAAGGAAGAUGUAGAGAAAUGCAGAGCACUCUGCACUGAAGCAGUACUGUUGGGAGGAGAAGGGAUGAAUAAGCUCUCCAGCAAAGACAGUGAAACAGAAGAUGACGCAUCGCAGGGUCAGUCUGAGGUGGAAGAAGAUCCUGAAACAGUCAAAGGUUCAAAAGCUGAAUGCCUGAAGUUUAUGGAAGGGAGUGAUGGUGAGGAUGAAGAUGACACGAAGGACCCUGAUGUGCUGACUGUAAAACGGCUGAAUGUUUUUGGUUUGGAAGCAGGAGACAACACAGCAUUGAGUACAUCAAAUGCAAAGACGAAGAAGAAAAUAACUAAAACAAAAGAAGCUAAAAAAAUUUUGAAGAGAAAAUUUAAAGUAAACACAAAAAUUGUAUUUACUGAAGAUGGGGAGUUAAUUCAGCAGUGGCCACCAGCACAAAAAUAUGUUCAUGACAAUGCAGAAGAUGAUGACAGUUUUAAUGGAAUCAAUCUAGACAAAGCAAAAGAGAGACUGCAGGCAGAGGACAAAUUUGACAAAGAAGAAUACAGAAAGAAAAUUAAAGAAAAACACAGGGAGAAAAGGCUGAAGGAAAAAGCAGCUAGAAGGGAAGCCAGAAAAAGAAAUGCAAAGGAGGAAAAUGUAGCUUUUCUGGAUCACAGUGAAAGUGAGGAUGAAUUUGAUCCAAGCACCCUUCCAGAUCCUGAUAGAUGCAGAGGUUCUGACCAAGAGGCUGAUUCUGAAAGUUGUGGUGAGCUUGGGAUGGAAAAGCAACAUUUUGGCAGAAGCACAUCUGCAGAGGAAAGAGCACCAAAAAGAAAGAAGAUGAAACUUAAUCAAGAGGAUUCUUUUGCACCGUUAGAUACAGGCCUUUCCCUUGCAGAAGAUGAAGCUCUGGUAUUGCAUCUGCUCAACAGUCAAAGAUAAAAAAUCCCUCUCAUUCUGGUAUCCAAUCCAGAACUGAGUGUUUCUGUUACUUUCAGGGCUUCCACUGGGAACUGUUAAUCUCCCUCAUGCAAGCUGUGCAUCCUACUUGCAUUAGCCAUGGGUGGGGGGUGGGGGGAACCCGUGCAGCAGCCCUGUUGGAUACUGCCCAAAGAUAGUAGGCCAGCUAGGUUCCAGCAAAUUUCAUUACGAAUGCCUGAAAUCAUGGCAUUUCCUGGGGAAGGCUCGCAACCAAAUUGGUUGAUUGGUUAUCCCCAUUUUUGGAUACAACCCAACAGCAUCCCAACCUUUGAUGACUCUUCAGAGAUGGAAGAAAUUGUUGUAAUGUGUAUUAUUUUUUAGUAUAACCAAGCAAAUGAAUCUUCCCUAUCUUGAUUAACUUUGUUCCAAAGCAAAGUGGCUAUAAAACAGCUUUAUGAAUAAAUACUUAAUAUGUGUUCAUAAUUAUAAUAAAUUAUAAUGGAUGCACAUUUUUUCCAAAAUAAAAUCCAAUGUUUGCCUCAA